UCCAUCACUUCCACUGUUGAAAGCACACGCACUCCCGCUCCCGUCACGGCAACUGAAUUCACUCUGCAACCCGACCACUACACUACAAAUUCCAUGUUGCCCCACUCAACUUUUACCUCUGACUUUUGAAAAAAAAAAUUAAAUGACAAGGUGAACAUUUCCGCCUCUCAGCGUAUUUUGUCCCCCUUGUGGAAUCAACCUCAUCCUCUUGUGCUCCGAUACCGAGCACUCACUCGAUGCGCUUUAUCGUGGUCAAUAUCGCAUAAACCCAUAACUGCUAGUUUUAGCAUGUCACAACGAUACCAGAACGGCGGUGGCGGCGGCGGCGGCGGCGGUCGACGUCGUGGUAACGACCCUCGGGACGACCGCAAUGGCUAUCAACAACGCGCGCCGAAUGGCCCUCAUGGUCUCCCUGCCCGACCUCCCCAGCCGACAUCGUACCGUCCCUCCGACAACUACUCCAACCGCAACAACGGUGGCGGUGGCGGUGGAAGAGAUCGCGACAAUUACCGGCCUCCUCAGGGCGAUUUCUCGUUUAGAGUAGAGAAGCCGCCGGGAGUCAGCAAUUCGAGCUACGACAACUACCGUCCCAACGACAACAGGCAGUCCUACAACGGCCGCAGAGCCCACUCUCCCAGAGGCGAUCGUCGCCACGGAAGACCCAGUGGCCGUGGACGAGGCCGCAACGCUGGCCCCCACGGAGGUUUUAGGAAACCGUGGCGUCCUUUUGUUGCGGCUGAGCGCGAGCUAUUGAGCGGUACCCAUGAGUCUGGAAAUGAAGAGGCCCUCUACAAUCCCGAGACGGGUGUGCUCUACCGGAAUGUCGACGAACUGUCCGACAGUGAUGAGGCCGAGAUGGACAUCUCUGGAGAUGAGGCCGCUGAAGAUGCCGAGCCGUCGACCAAGCGUGCUCGCACUGCGCUUGAUCAGUCGACCAGCGCCAACAACACCCCCAAGUGGUCCAACCCCGACCCCUACACUGCACUCCCUCCCGAGGGCGCUCGGGAGCGCAAGACCAAGGAUGUUGUGCAGAUGAUCAGAAAGGCUCGUGUGCAAACCGCUGCCGAAACAAAGGCCGCGCUCCCCAACGACCUGGACGAGAUCAUCAUGUUUAAUUCCGAUAGCGACAGUGACAUCGAGAUCAUCCAGGAGGUGAAGCCCACUGGGAAAGCAGCUCGUGAUUCCCUUUCUCUUGUUCCCGUCGCGGCUAAGCAGCCCUCCAAGAAGCCCGAGGUUAAGCAGCCUGUGGACAAGAAGCCUGAGACAGGAACUAUUGAUCUCACAGGCACUGAUGACGAAGAGGACUCGGCCCCAGUUCCUCCGGCACCCAGGAACAUACCCAAGAACCUACCCAAGACUCGUCCCACUUUCGAUGACCCCACUCCUUCUGCUUUGGGUAGCAGGAAGCGUACCCACGACGACGAGAUCAAGUUGCCUCAUGCUAGGCUGAAGAAGGCAACCAGGGCGCCUGUAGGUGGAAAGAUUCAGCCUGAGUGGCGAGCAGUUCCCAAACAGGACUCUUGCCCCUGGAUGCGAGAUGCCGAAGAUCAUUCGGCCAGCCCCACGAUGGGCCGUUGGCUGCACAAAGAGAUCAUUGAUUUCUACGAAUACGUUAAGCCUCGUGCUUUCGAGAAACGUAUCCGCGAGGAGGUGCUCGACGAAAUUAACAGGUUUGUUCGCAACACCUUUUCUGACGCCGGGGUCUAUCCGUUCGGAUCGUUCCCGUCCGGACUUUACCUGCCUACCGGUGACAUGGACAUGGUCCUCUGCUCCGAUCAGUUCAAAAGGAACUAUCGGGCCAAGUAUGACACUCGAAGGACCAUGUACAGGCUCAGUGAUGCCCUCAAGCAACACAAACUUGCGUUCCAGAACGAGGUUGAGAUCAUCGCCUUUGCCAAAGUGCCGCUGGUCAAGUGGGUUGACUCCAGGACAGGCCUCAAGAUUGAUGUGUCCUUUGAGAAUGACACGGGCUUGCAGGCUAUCAAGACGUUCCAUGCCUGGAGAGAUCAGUUCCCUGUGAUGCCUGUUCUGGUCACGUUGAUCAAGCAUUUCCUUUGCAUGAGGGGCCUGAACGAGCCGGUCAACGGCGGUAUAGGAGGCUUCACUGUCACCUGCUUGGUCACCAGCAUGCUUCAGCUGAUGCCCCAAAUACAAAGCGGAUCUAUGGACCCGAACCAUCACGUCGGGGACCUCUUGAUGCAUUUCUUCGACCUUUAUGGUAACCGGUUCAACUACAGGACCACGGCGAUUUGCCUGAACCCGCCCAAAUAUCUUCCCAAGCACAAGAUCAGCACCUUUGCGUACAAGAACUAUGACCGAUUCUCGAUCAUCGACCCCAACAACUCGGAGAACGACAUUGCUGGCGGCUCCAGUAACACCGGCACGAUCGUGGCACUUUUCAAGCAAGCCUAUGAACUGCUUGCAGAACGCAUGGCGCAGCUAGCCCAGUCCCCUGAUAGGCGCAAUGCCAGCAUUUUGGAGGUCAUUUUGGCAGGCAAUUACUCGACGUUCCGAAAUCAGCGAGCCCAUCUGGAGAAGCUGGCAGCGCCUAAUGGCCCAGCCGGUCCUCGGAGACGCUAGGUGGUAAGCAUUAUGCGAUGAGUUCUGACGCACGAGUUUCUCUGCUAGGCUCAGUGUCUCCGAUGUGUUCAGAUAUGCGCGACAAAACUCAUGCGUAUCACGAUUGGUUGAUGACCGUACACGGAGAGACUUGGCGUUUGUGGCGUUGGCGGAAUACGGAAUAUCUGCAUCC